AAUCCGGUGUUUUGCUCGGUGUUGAUCGUUGAUCAGUGAUUUCGGACAAAAAUGUGACUUUUAUCCUCAAGAAAGUGGUACUUGCGGGCCGUGACCUUUCGUAGCGACCUGCGGAGGUCAGGAAGGAACGUUCCAAGAUCUGAGCUGCAAACGGUCCCGGUGUCGACCGGAAAAGUCGCCACGAGAGGUGAAGAAUCGUGGAGGAGACAAAGGGUUUAAGGGUUGAGAUGGUGCAUCCAAGUGUCUCCGCCUAAUCACCCGACCUUCUCGGAUUCCUCUCGCCUGAUCUCAGCACCCUGCUGUGUCCAUUCAACUGGCGUGUCAAGCCUUGAUGCCUUAAAAUUCAAUCUCCAAGGCUCGUUGGUGCUGAAGAGGACGCAGAGGUCGAAAUCAAAUGGACCUUUUCAAAAACAGCCACCAAUCAAAUGAAUCAACCAGGUCGCAGGACAUCCUGGUCAAGGCCAGCCAGCGCAGACCUUCCGAAAGGUCUGAUCUGCGCGGAGGGCGUGCGGUGGAAGGAGCACCGCCGCUUCACCACGGCCGCGCUCAAGAGCAUGGGCAUGGUCAAAUUCGGCGGCAACCGCGACGCCCUGGCCGCCAGGGUCUUCCAGGGCGCGCAACGUCUCGUCGACGAAAUCGGGCGGGCGCCGCCGGCGCCGAUGGACGCGGCGCCGCUGCUCAACCACUGCCUCGGCUCGCUCGUCUACGCGCUCGUCUUCGGCAAACAGUUUGAGCGCGACGACCCCACCUGGCUGUGGCUGCAGCACCUGCAGGAGGAGGGCACCAGGAUGAUCGGCGUCGCGGGCCCCCUCAACUUCCUCCCCUGGCUCAGGUUUGUGCCCAAGUUGAGGAGGACGAUCACGUUCCUGUUGGAGGGCAAAAACAAGUCGCACGAGUUGUACCGCAAGUUGCUGCAGCAGCACGUGGACUCGGGUCUGCAAGACGGUGACUCGCACCUGGCAGGGCGCUACCUGAAGGAGGUGGCCCUGAGGGUGCGGGCGGGCGACCUGGGCACCUUCACCGAGCCGCAGAUGCUGCACUCGCUGGCCGACGUUUUCGGCGCCGGCUUCGACACCACCAACGCCACCCUCAAGUGGUUCCUCCUCUUCAUGGCCCUGCACCCUGACGUGCAGCAAAGGGUCAAGUCCGAGUUGGAUGCGGCCGUGUUCUCCAGACCUGAAGGCGAGCGCAACCUGAGAAUGAGCGACCUGCCGUGCUGCCCUUACACCGAGGCCGCCAUCGCCGAGACGCAGCGGCUGCGGUCGGUGGUGCCCACUGGAAUUCCGCACGGCGCCACUCAGGACGUGGAGAUCGGCGGCUUCCGAAUCGCGGCCGGCACCAUGAUCAUGCCCCUGCAGUGGGCCGUGCACACCGACCCCAAGCUCUGGGGCAGCGACGUGGACUCCUUCAACCCUGACAGGUUCCUCACCCCAGAGGGGAGGGUCUCCAAACCUGACUACUUCAUGCCCUUCCAAUCAGGGAAGCGAGUGUGCCUGGGCGAAGAGCUGGCGCGCAUGAUGGUGUUCGCGUUCGCCGCGAGCGUCGUCUUCAACUUCAGGGUGUCGUUCGGCGGCGGUCAGGACGCGGCCGCGGUGCUGCAGGGCGAUUGCGGCAUCACGCUCAAUCCCAAGGCGCACAACUUGCUUUUCGAGCCACACCUCCUUUGAUUUAUACACAAAUCGAAAAUUCAUGCAGGUGUCAAAACAGGCGCCGCUCUCAAAAAAACACAAAACAAACUUGUCGAAAAGCGGUUCCAGGCGGUUUCAUUUGUGCGUUCAAAACUGCAAUUCAAAUCGAUUCGUGAAUUUUACUUUGUACAAUCUCGAACUUGAGGAUUUUAUUUUGGGCAAUUGCGCGUCGGUCUGGCGAUUUGGUCUAAGUGAAGAAACGGCGGCGCAGAAAGAGUCGCUCAAUAAUCAGUGGCCUUCACAUUUUAUUCGAGCCCAGGCGACAAUCUCGUCGCUCGUUUGCCUCUCUCGUCGCGCAUUUUUUUUCAUUAUAAUUUUUCUGCGUGCAUUUGCUUCGUCACUCCAAAUCAAACUCAAAUCUUUCGCAAUUGCAAUACAAUGAAAAGAAAUAUUAAUAAAAUUUUAGACCAUUUGAGAUUAAUUUCCUACAACUGCAUAGAUCAAAAAAUGACACAUAGAUAGGUUGGUAAUUUUUCCAAUGAGGUUACAAAAUGUGCAAAUUUUUUUCCGAGAAAUUAAAAAAUCGAGUUUUUUAUUUUUCUGUUCAAGAUAAAAACUUCCAAAUAACUAUUUUUGGCUUAUUUUCCUACGCCCGACAACUUUUCAUUUGUGAACAAACGUGUACGAACACGUUCAAGGUCACUUUCAGCUAAAUUUUGACUGAAAGUAAAAUUUUUGAAAUGAAUUCUCGAUUAAUUUGAGGUAUGGGAAAAAUGUAGCCCGUCUUAUUUAUAAUCGAUUUGGUAAAUAUGAAAAGUGAAAUAUUUUCAUUUUAUUUUAUAAGAAAAUUAGAACAAAAUAUUAAUCUUUGAUGCCAACAUUCAAAUCAGCAUUAUUUUCAUUUAUUCAAUGUUGUUAAUUUGUGAGUGUGUGUAUUUUUUUAGUAAUUUUUUUUUAAUUUUUAGUGCAGAGUUGUGUCGUGCUUGCGUUGUUAAGUGUAUUCCAGUUGCCCUUUUAAAUUUUCAAAAUAAAUUUUAACUUGGAUUCAGAAACUGAGCGAGAAAACGAAUUAAAAUGUCCAAAUUUCCAAACUUUUAAUUGAAAAUUUUAAUUAUUUUUAAAACAGAUUAAAAUUUCCAAUUUAAAGUUGAAAUUUGGACAUUUUAUUUCGUUUUCCAAGCAUUGGUUUUCUCGCUCAGUUUCUGAAUCCACGGCAAAAUUUCAUUUACUCAAGUUUAAUUUAAAUAAAACCCCCACUUUUGGUUUUAAACAUGUAGAUUCCAAAUAAAAUGGGCGAUAUUUUUUCCUAUACUUACAAAAAAAAAAUCAAAGGAAAUGAUCAUUUCGAAAAUUGGACUUUCAGUCCAAACAGAGCUGAAAGUGACCUUGAACGUGUUCCUACACGUUUGAUCACCAUAGAAUAGUUUGCCGAGCGUUGCAAAAUUAUAAGUCUUAUGAAGUUGUUUUCAAAUUUGUAACUUAAAUAGAAAAAUUUAAAUAAAAGAAGACUCGAUAUAUAGGGUUUCAGAAAAAAAAUUACAAAAAUCCUUUGAAAUUCUUGUAACUUAAUCAGUAUAAAAUUAUUUUUCUUUAUAUGCAGAUUGCAUAUGAAUUGAUAAAUUUCAUGUUUUUCUUGCAACCAAAACUAAAUUAAUUGUUAAAAUUUUCUUUCGAGGCGAAUCCAAGUGUUGAGAAGGCGCUCAAGUGCAUGUAUUUUUUCUCUCUCCCGAGCCUUGUGUGUUGUUUGCUGUAUGGUUGCGUGUGUCAUAUUAAAUGUCAUCUGUGAGUACCUGCACGUCAGGUUGAAAGGGACUUUCACUGGAAAAGCGUCGCCGCCGAGUGUGUGACAACACCACUCGAUUAAUCCUGCACGCUGCGGUAUUUACGAUUUGUAUAUAUAUUUGCAAACCUUAGCAAGUGGAAAAUUAAAUAAAUAUAAUA